AUGUUUGUUAGCAGUGAAAUUGAUGAAAUUAUGAGCACCCCACCGGAGAUUUUAGAAAAAGCUCAAGCUGCCACACAUAAUUUGUUACCGCUAAAAUCCAAAGAAAGGACGGCUAUAACCACAAGAAACACCGAUGUUCCAAACUGUGCAACUACUGAGCUUCAAAGCAAUCCACAAAUUACUGCUUCCAGUUCAGUCACUCAGUUUUUUGACCGCAAUAAAAAUCACCCUGAGGUCGAUCCGUUUUUAUACAAAAAAACAGCUUACGACAAAACCCAAUUGGCCAAUCAAGACACCAAAUUGGAUCAAAUACUCACAAAUCAAACAUUAAUGAUGAAAAGUAUUGAACAAAUUUUGAAGAAACAAGCCAAACAUGAUGCUUUGUUCAAUGAAGUUCUUGAACGAACUCCCAUGAUUACAGUACCUGUAGCUCCUGUUCAACACGUCCAGCUCGACAGAGACAUGACGGAGACUCGAUCUCGAAGUAGUUUACCAAACGAUCCUAUAAACCCAAUAAAACCGGUUGAGUCUUUAGAAGAAUUAAUCGGAUUAGAAGAAAAACUGCAAGAUCAAAACUACAUGGACGAAUUGAUCGGUCUCUUGACGUUUAUAUGCGGCACUAGAGACGUAGGCAAUGGUGCGAAUCACUGUUACAAACUCGUAGACUUCAUCUUCACCCGACAGUUCAUGACGACUUGUUCUUGGGCCGGCGGAUCUAGAGAACAAAAAGAAAAAGUGCCCUUUAAGAUGUUCAAACACGUGAUCAGCAUGUUCUUUCAGUUGGUCCACAUGGCGGACACCACGUUUACGUUGGAACAGUGCGAAAACUUCUUCAAAGGCGUUCUAAAGAAUUCGGUUAGACGCAACGAGCGUGGCAAGACCGGAGUAGUCCGUUGUUCUAAAACCAAAAAUAGACCGAAGAAAUUGGUGUAUAGAGCGAGGGAACUAAGAGAUUGUGAAUUCAUUGAACAGGAUGUGCUGGAAAUUGAUUCCAAAGUUUUUCAAGACUCUUUAGAUAUAUGCGAUCAGAUAUUAUAA